GGGAGGGUGAGAGGGCCACUGUCAGCUCAGCUCUGCUCACAAUCCUGGGGAGAAACUGAUAGUCUGGGAGUUGUUUCAGGUAAAUCCUGUCCUCCUCCCCCUGCCUGAGGGACUUACAGCCAACAAGGCGACUGGGCUAUGGGAGAGAGAUGUCCUCAGCUCCCACACAACACCAUGGAUUAAAUGUCACCACUGGAUAGAAUUGUGUCCAGGAAGUAUCUUCAUUCCUUCUCUGGGUUCGACUGGCUCUCUUUUUGUUGAUCGUAUUAACCGGGAAUAACAUUAUAAAGUCUGGAGCUCAGAGACCGGUGGGCAUGAGUGGCCGUUGGCCGUGAUCGGGCUGCUCGUUUUGUUUUUUUCCUUCGAGUCGAUCCUUUUUCUCCAAACGUGUGGAAUUAAAGCCAAGCACCGAGGGUUAGACUGCAGCAGGUGCUCCGCUCUGUGCGUCCCUCUCCUGUCUUUCCCUAGACCGGCAGCCUCUCCUCCCUGGAUUGGAGUGAGUCUGCACAUAAAUCGCUGGAUGUAUUAACCACUCGCGUCACACCUUGGGAGGACGCCGCUUGGAAACAUGGUGCCUUACUCACGACUACACCUGCUGAUUGUGCCCGCACUAGUGCUUUGCUGCGUGCUCAGCCUGACACAAGCAGAUAGUGAGCCCGUCUUUGUCAGGAAGCCCGAUGACCAGAUCGGGAUAUCUGGUGGUGUGGCCUCUUUCGUGUGCCAGGCCACGGGGGACCCAAAGCCACGGAUUACUUGGAUGAAAAAGGGGAAGAAAGUCAGCUCCCAGCGCUUUGAGGUUAUAGAGUUUGAUGAUGGCUCAGGAUCAGUUCUUCGGAUACAGCCGCUCCGUGUUCACCGGGACGAAGCUAUAUAUGAAUGCACAGCAACCAACAGCGUUGGGGAAAUAAACAGCAAUGCCAAACUAACUGUGCUGGAAGAACAGCUGCCCCUGGGAUUCCCGGUCAUCGACAUGGGGCCCCAGCUCAAGGUGGUGGAAAGGACUCGAACUGCUACCAUGCUGUGUGCCGCCAGUGGAAACCCAGACCCCGAGAUCUCAUGGUUCAAGGAUUUCCUCCCUGUGGACAUUGCAACCAGCAAUGGGCGUAUUAAACAGCUGCGCUCAGGUGGUACACCAAUCAGAGGAGCGCUUCAGAUAGAAAACAGCGAGGAAUCAGACCAAGGGAAAUAUGAGUGUGUCGCCACCAACAGCAUCGGAACACGCUACUCUGCGCCUGCCAACCUCUACGUGCGUGUCCGUCGGGUGGCACCAAGAUUUUCUAUUCCUCCCAGUAACCAUGAAGUGAUGCCAGGGGGCAGUGUAAACUUAACAUGUGUGGCGGUAGGUGCGCCAAUGCCCUAUGUCAAGUGGAUGGCUGGCUUGGAAGAGCUCACCAAAGAAGAUGAGAUGCCUGUUGGGCGCAAUGUCCUAGAACUGACCAACAUUCGAGAGUCUGCCAACUAUACUUGUCUUGCAAUUUCUUCUCUGGGCAUGAUAGAGGCUGUGGCUCAGAUCACUGUGAAAGCUUUGCCUAAACCACCAGUGGAUGCCACAGUGACUGAGACAACAGCAACAAGUGUCACCUUGACUUGGGACUCUGGCAACCCCGAGCCAGUAUCCUUCUACGUUAUACAAUAUAAGCCCAAGUCAUGGGAAGGACAAUUCCAGGAGAUUGAUGGUGUAGCCACAACACGCUACAGCAUUGGUGGGCUAAGCCCAUUCUCAGAGUAUGAAUUUCGUAUUAUUGCAGUUAACAACAUUGGCCGAGGACCCCCAAGUGAACUUAUAGAGGCCCAAACAGGAGAGCAGGCUCCCUCAAGCCCACCUCUUAAGGUCCAGUCCAGAAUGCUCAGUGCUAGUACUAUGCUGGUCCAAUGGGACUCACCAGAGGAAGCCAAUGGUCAAAUCAGAGGCUACCGUGUCUAUUACACGACAGACCCCAAUUUACCAUUUAGCAUGUGGCAGAAACACAAUGUAGCUGACGAUCAGUUGACAACUAUUGGGUCACUGACUACAGGGACCACAUACAGCAUUCGUGUGCUGGCCUUCACUUCAGUGGGUGAUGGACCACCUUCAGAGAUUAUCCAAGUCAAAACACAACAAGGAGUUCCUGCGCAGCCGGUCGAUUUUCAGGCAGAAGCAGAAUCCGACACCCGUAUAAUGCUAACGUGGCUUUUACCGCCCCAAGACUGCGUUACCAAAUAUGAGCUUCUGUAUUGGGAGGGGCAAGAUGGACGUCAGCAAAAGGUGACGUUUGACCCUGCGAGCUCCUACCCAGUGGAAGGAUUGAAACCAGAUACUCUGUACAACUUCAGGCUGGCGGCUUGGUCUGACAUGGGUAUUGGUGUCUACACCCCGCCAAUCCAAGCUAGGACGGCACAGUCCACACCUUCUGCUCCGCCGCAAGAUGUGGAGUGUGCAAGUCUUAGCUCCACGGCCAUUCGGGUAAGUUGGGUGGCCCCACCGGCCUCCAGCCGUAAUGGGGCCUUAACCCGCUACUCACUAGCCUACCAAGCCGUGACCGGGGAGGACACAUCCAGACAUGUUGUGGACAGCAUCCCACCAGAUAUCUCUAGUUGGGAGAUCAAAGACUUGGAGAAGUGGACGGAGUACAGAGUGUGGGUGCGUGCUCACACAUCCAUAGGGGCUGGGCCUGAGAGCUCCCCAGUUAUUGUGCGUACCGAUGAGGAUGUGCCAAGUGCACCACCUAGGAAAGUAGAGGUUGAUUCAGUGAACUCCACGUCUGUACGAGUGACCUGGAAGUCUCCUCUACCCACCAAGCAGAAUGGACAGAUACGAGGUUAUCAAGUCACCUACGUUCGUCUAGAAGGGGGCGAACCAAGAGGAAAUCCCAUAAUUAAGGAUGUGAUGCUGGCUGAGGCUCAGUGGAGACCCGAGGAGACCGCAGACUACGACGCUGUAAUCACCGGUCUUUCUCCAGAAACCACAUAUUCCAUCACCGUAGCUGCCUACACAACAAAGGGAGACGGUGCAAGGAGCAAACCCAAGAUUGUGAGCACCACGGGAGCAGUACCUGGUAAACCCACCAUGAUGAUUAGCACCACCUCUGCGAACACGGCAUUGAUCCAGUGGCACCCACCCAGAGAGAUGGUUGGAGAGCUGUUGGGCUAUCGGUUGCAAUACAAGCGAGUGGAUGAGGAGAGACCCACCACUAUGGAUUUUGGCAAAAAUGAUCAUCACUACACGGUGACUGGCCUCCACAAAGGUGCCAGCUACAUCUUCAAGCUUUCAGCAAAAAACCGGGCUGGAGCUGGGGAGGAGUAUGAAAAAGAAAUCUCCACUCCUGAGGACGCUCCCAGUGGGUUUCCUCAGAACCUGCAAGUUGUUGGGCUCACCACGUCGACCACAGAAGUGUCUUGGGAUCCACCAAUCUUACAAGAGCGCAACGGGAAGAUCACCAACUACACCGUUGUGUAUCGAGAUAUCAACAGUCAGCAGGACCUGACCAACAUAACCCGGGAUACACAUAUCAUGCUGGUCAACUUGAAGCCAGACACCACCUACGACAUCAAGGUCCGGGCUACGACAAAUAAGGGGCCUGGGCCACUCAGCCCAAGCAUCCAGUCUCGUACCAUGCCUGUUGACCAAGUGUUUGCCAAGAAUUUUAGAGUGAAUGCUGUGAUGAAAACCUCUGUUUUGCUGAGCUGGGAAGUUCCCGAUUCCUACAAAUCAGCUGUGCCUUUCAAGAUAUUAUACAAUGAUCAGCAUGUGGAGGUGGAUGGACAAUCAAUGCGCAAACUCAUCAGCAACCUAGAGCCGGACACAGACUAUUCCUUUGUGUUGAUGAACAGGGGUAGCAGUGCUGGGGGUCUGCAGCACCGCGUGUCUAUUCGCACAGCCCCCGACGUAUUGCAGAACAAACCCUCAUCUGUCAGCAAAUACAUGGAGGAUGGCAAAUUCACCUUGCAACUGCCUCGUGUCCAGACCUCUUCCCCAGUCAGGUGGUAUUAUAUUGUCGUAGUCCCACUGGACAGCACCAGUGGCCUGAGCUCUCGCUGGCAAAGCCCCAAGGAACUGGAGUUAGAACAGAUACUCGAUGCCAUUAACCAGGGAUCACAUCGCCAGAGAAGACAAGCAAUCAGAAACAAGCCAUAUAUUGCAGCUCGACUCAACACCCUCCCAGAAUCCUUCACUCUGGGCGACAAUAGGGAUUACAAUGGAUUCCUUAACAAGCCUUUGACUGCAGAGCUAAGCUACUCCUGCUUUGUUCUGGCUGCGUUAGAAGAUGGCGACACGAAGAAGUAUGCAGCCAGUCCAUACUCUGAUGAGAUUGUGGUGGAAGUGUCCUCUGCCAAGCAGCAAGAGGAACCCGAAAUGUUGUGGGUGAUGGGCCCUGUCCUUGCUGUCAUUCUAAUCAUUAUCAUAGUCAUUGCCAUACUACUGUUCAAAAGAAAAAGAACUAGCUCCCCGUCUGGCAAGGAUGACCAGUCCAUAGGCCUGAAGGACUCUCUCCUGGCGCAUUCUUCAGAUCCGGUGGAAAUGCGCCGUCUCAACUAUCAGACUCCAGGUUCCAGUGUCCCCAGUUACCCGAAUAUCUCAAGUAUGAGGGAUCAUCCUCCUAUUCCGAUCUGUGACCUUGCAGACAACAUUGAUCGACUGAAGGCCAAUGAUGGCCUGAAGUUCUCCCAAGAGUAUGAGUCUAUUGAUCCAGGUCAGCAGUUCACCUGGGAGAAUUCCAACCUAGAAGUUAAUAAACCAAAGAAUCGUUAUGCAAAUGUUAUCGCAUAUGACCACUCCCGUGUUAUUCUUACUUCGGUGGAUGGUGUUCCUGGAAGCGAUUACAUCAAUGCCAACUACAUCGACGGCUACAGGAAGCAGAAUGCAUACAUUGCAACGCAAGGCCCACUGCCGGAAACACUCAGUGAUUUCUGGCGGAUGGUUUGGGAGCAGAGGACCAACACGAUUGUCAUGAUGACACGACUUGAAGAAAAAUCCAGGGUGAAAUGUGACCAGUACUGGCCAAGUCGUGGCUCUGAGACAUACGGUAUGAUUCAAGUCACACUACUGGACACUGUAGAGCUGGCCACCUAUACUGUGAGGACAUUUGCCCUCUACAAGAAUGGAUCCAGCGAAAAGCGAGAGAUUCGUCAGUUCCAGUUCAUGGCGUGGCCAGAUCAUGGUGUCCCCGAGUACCCCACUCCAAUCCUCGCCUUUCUACGCAGAGUCAAAGCCUGCAAUCCUUCUGAUGCAGGUCCGAUGGUUGUGCACUGCAGCGCUGGUGUCGGUAGAACGGGCUGUUUUGUUGUAAUCGAUGCCAUGCUUGAACGAGUUAAACUGGAGAAAACUGUGGAUGUUUAUGGUCACGUGACUUGCAUGCGUUCUCAGCGCAAUUAUAUGGUGCAAACCGAGGACCAGUAUAUCUUUAUCCAUGAGGCUUUGCUGGAAGCUGUGAUGUGUGGUAACACGGAAGUCCCAGCCCGCAGCCUCUAUGCACAUAUCCAGAAACUGUCUCAGGUUCCUCCAGGGGAGAGUGUCACCUCCAUGGAGUUAGAAUUCAAGCUUCUAGCUAACUCUAAAGCUCAUACAUCACGAUUCAUCAGUGCCAAUCUCCCGUGCAACAAGUUCAAAAACCGACUGGUGAACAUCAUGCCGUACGAGCUGAGCCGUGUCUGUCUGCAGCCUAUCCGUGGAGUUGAAGGUUCAGACUACAUCAAUGCCAGUUUCAUUGAUGGCUACAGACAACAGAAAGGUUACAUUGCCACCCAGGGUCCGCUGGCAGAGACCACAGAGGAUUUCUGGCGUAUGCUAUGGGAGCACAACUCCACUAUUGUGGUGAUGCUGACGAAACUACGAGAAAUGGGACGGGAGAAAUGCCAUCAGUACUGGCCGGCAGAACGCUCAGCGCGAUACCAGUAUUUCGUGGUGGAUCCAAUGGCUGAAUAUAAUAUGCCGCAGUAUAUCCUGCGAGAGUUCAAAGUGACCGACGCCAGGGACGGACAAUCUCGGACGAUCAGGCAGUUCCAGUUCACAGACUGGCCCGAGCAGGGAGUACCAAAAACUGGAGAAGGUUUCAUAGACUUCAUUGGACAAGUGCACAAAACCAAGGAGCAGUUUGGGCAGGAUGGGCCAAUCACCGUACACUGCAGUGCUGGUGUUGGUCGUACUGGAGUAUUCAUCACUCUCAGCAUUGUGUUGGAGCGUAUGAGGUACGAAGGGGUGGUCGACAUGUUUCAGACUGUAAAGACCCUCAGAACGCAGCGGCCGGCCAUGGUACAAACAGAGGACCAGUAUCAACUGUGCUAUCGAGCCUCGUUGGAGUAUCUGGGCAGCUUUGAUCACUAUGCAACAUAACUAGCGCUUACCCUACAGGCAGAGCUGGGAAAGACGUGUGGGGGGAUUGUGACACCAGAGCAGUCAGCCUGCGUCAGCUCCUUCGCUAUGGCCGCUGUUCCCAUCUCACCGAGGGCAAAAAAACAAGAUAAUGCAAAGCUUUUGCAAGACUUGCUUGGGAUUUUAGCACAAUUCAUCCUUCUCCCCUUCCAUUCAGGUCUUGCUUCAAUGGCCCUUUCUAUGGCACAGGUGAAAUGGACUAUGAGAAUUUAUAUUUUUUUUUCUAUUUUUAAUCACUUUUUUUUUUAGAGGUUUUUGUUUUUUUUGUUGUUGUUCUUCAAGAUUUCAGUACCCGGUUGCCUUGUCUCUCUAGGCAACUUCUCAGUUGUAUUUUUUUUUAAUCUUUUAUGAAAAACAUCUAUGGCACAAAGGGAAAAUAAUAUAUAUAUAUAUAUCAGAAAAAAACAGGAUUCUGACUGUGAGUAUCCCUUUCUUGCUGUGCUGUGCUCCCAGCUAUGGUACGACCCCAGCAGAAAUAAAAAAGCACACUACUUUAGGAGUCUGGGAACAAUCUCUACAACGAAAGAACUAUCUGACGAAAAAGAUGUGCGAACUAAUUGAACAAACUGAAUAUUCCGAAUGAAGAAGCCACUUGUUUUGACAGGACUUUAGCUGGAGUAUAUCGCAUUCAUGCUACCCUUUGUGAACUCCCAGUAGCCCUCGAUGGCUGGAAUUUGGGUACAUAACUAUAAGCUUUAGCAUAAUAGGUGGAGACCGAGGGACCAAGAUGACACAUUGCCCUGUUUAUUUUACUCAUUGUUUUUUAAGUUUCAUUUUUUAACUUUAGUUUUUAUUUUCACUGUCCACGUCCGUAUAGAGCCACUCGCCUGGCGCGAGGCUCAAACAAAAAUUGAGGACCUCCUAAGGAUGCUGAACACAAAAGAGUAUAUAUUUGCUCAAAGUUUAGAAAUAUGUUUGAAGGUUAUAUUUUCUCUUUCCAAGUUAUAUUAGAGUUGGGAGGGGGGGGUUUAUUUUGGAGAAAGCUUUUCUGGUGCCACAAAACCAAUUUCCUGUAAUCUAGAAUUGAUAACAUACAUUAUAAUGUUGAUCCUCGGAACCUUCUACUAAACAAACGUGAAGAGAGAACUGUACGUAACAAUGAUAGUCUGUAUUAACACAACUUCUUUUUAAUGGAACCAUAAAGAGUUGUUAUCAAAUAAAGGUGGUGGAGAACUAAUUCAGUUAUAUUACAAAAUGUAUUUGGUGUGGAACCGGGAAGAACGUAGGGUAUCUAAUGUUGGAUAAGGCGAUCAUUUUUACCUUGUGUAUGCAUUAGUGCUGUUAGGGGUUUGCUCUGUUGUAUACAGUAUGUUUUCUAUUUGUUAAUAAAAAUAAGAAAGAAAAACUAUUAAAAAAAAAAUCAAGACAGAAACAUACACAAGCGUCUACUAAUACAGCAUCUUUGACGAAAAUUCUCGAUGUUAAUAAAUUUGAAUAAUCAGGUUUCAUACAAA